UUGGAUUGUCUUUUCGACUGGCUAAGACCACGAGUUGGUCCAUCUCGCCGAGUUCCAGUGAUUAGUCAGCUGGCCGUCGUUUCGUUUGGAUGCAAACGCGAGUUUCCCCCUUUCUUCAGUAGUGCUUUGUGUUGCAUCCAGGAUGCACUUUUACUUACCCUGCGUUGCAUUAUUAUAAUCUACUAUUUACCGUGUUCGCGCGUUCGUUUAUCAGUUCGUUGUGGCGUUCGCAAAUCGAUCCGUCCAGCAGCAGCAUCAUCGUCAACUUGACCUAGAGAGCCAGAGCGAUUUGCGUUUAGAUUUCGUUUUGCAGCGCAGUUUUCGAUUCGCUUAUCAUGAGGCGAUGUGUACUGCUGCUGUGGUGAUAACUGCUUAGAAGAGCAUUUGUAUUCUAAUUAGGGCAUUGCUUUGUGCCGAGGGGAAGUGAAUGCGGGAUAGUUUACUGUCGUGGGUGCGCUUCAGAUCGCGAGGAGACGGCGGAAUGGAUUAUGCAACGAAUACAACCCGGAGGCCGCUGCUCCUGAACGAAGACGAAGACGACAGCGAGGCCACUUUUGUGGACGACAGCAACUAUGCGGGUUCCAUCAAUGCAGGGUCAGUGAACAACAUUCCAACGACGGCCACCGUGGGAACUCGAAGUGGAACGCGGAAUCGGCGUCAGGAUGAUGGCAGCCUACGGGUGGCACCGGUGGACAAGUACAAUUUUACCUAUGCAGUAUUUUAUCUUCUGGGCAUGACAACCCUUCUACCUUGGAACUUUUUCGUCACUGCCGAAGAGUACUGGCAUUUCAAAUUCCGCAACAUAUCAAGCAACGACUCGAGUGUGCUUACGCCCCGGCAACUGGAGUUCCAGUCCGAUCUCAGCAUAGCGGCGUCGGUGCCGAGCACGCUGUUCCUUUUGCUCAAUGCAGGCUUCGGACAUUACAUUUCGCUGCGGAUUCGAAUGGUCGGCUCGUUGGUGAUGAUGUUUUUGCUAUUUAUCGGAACGACGGCUUUGACACAAGUGGACACCGAUCAGUGGCAGGAUACAUUCUUCCUUAUCACGCUUUCAUCGGUUGUCGUUGUGAAUGCAUUCUCGGCCAUCAUGUCCGGCAGCCUGUUCGGAAUUGCGGGUCAAUUCUCGUCCGACUACAUGUCGGCCGUGGUGAGCGGCCAAGCACUUGGUGGAAUCUUUUCCGCCUCAGCGGAAAUCAUUGCCCUAACGUUCGGUGCCGCCCCAACCGUGACGGCCUUUGUGUUCUUCAUAGUGGGAACGCUGGUCCUACUGUGCUCUCUGGUGCUGUACGUGGUGAUGUCCAAGACGCUCUUCUUCAAGUACUAUACCUCGCCGCGAACGCUGAUGAAAAGUUCUCUCGAUGUGGACGAAAUGACUCGGGAGUUGCUUCCCCGACAGGAGCCCACAUUCAUGGGAGUGCUUCGGAAGAUUUGGCUUUUUGGGUUCUCCGAGUGGUUGGUGUUCGUGACCACGCUCUCCAUCUAUCCAGCCGUCACCAUCUUGGUUGGAUCGCAAUCACAAAGUCAUCCUUGGAACGACGUGUACUUCUUGCCUGUAGUCAACUAUCUGCUAUUCAAUACGGGUGACUACCUUGGAAGGGUUUGCGCCGGAUCACUCGAAUGGCUUUCAUCCAGUCCAUUCCUACUGAGCGUGGCUACCAUUAGUCGAAUCGCAUUCGUCCCGAUGAUGUUGCUGUGUAACAUCCGACCCCAUCACAGCUUUCCGGUGAUGAUCCACUCGGAUUACAUAUUCAUUGCGCUGAUGGCUGGUUUUUCACUGUCGAACGGCUAUAUUGCCAACAUUGCUCUGAUAGGGGCACCCAAAGCAGUCGAUCAGGAAGAGAAGGAGAUGGCCUCAUCGAUGAUGGCUGCCUUUCUUGGAGUGGGGCUGGCAUGUGGUUCCACCAUCAGUUUUAUGAUCAUCGAAAUGAUCAAGUAAGCUGCCACCCCUUUGCAUAUAUUUGAGGGUAAGUCCACACACUGACAGAUCUGCGAUAUUCAUGUUAAGAUUUAUAGUUGAGAAAACCGGGAUUAUGUUUUUGACCAAGCUGGCACUUAUAUAUUAAUGGUACGUUUCGAAAGAGUGGAUGAUAUUAUACGAAUACGUGGCGGGAGUUUUUUUAUUAUUUUAAACUAGAAUAUAGAAAUCAUAUUUAUAAUAGCAAACUCAAUCAAAUCAAACUGUCUACACUGAAGUAUAUGCAUCGGAAUAUACAAUAGCUACGCUUACUGAAGCUGUAUGCUCAUAGAGACUA